AUGUAUUUUUCUCAUAUUUGUUGCCGUAUAUUUCUUCUCAGUCUAUUCAUAUCAUUAAUUGGAACAUUUUCAAUCGGAAAUACUCAUAAUGAUGUCAAUCAGGUAUAUCGUCGACAAGUGGUAACAAGACCGGCACGAAAUCGAACGGCACAAUCUAAAAAGGAAUUUCAUAGUCCAGAUCGUAAUGAAUUGCCGUCAAUACGUGCGAAAACAUAUCUAUUAACAAUGCUACCUGUUGCUCAAGGGGAUCAUGUCUUCAAUAGUGGUGGCGAACAAGAAUGGGAAAUUCAAAGAAAUACUGACGUUAAAUUUGCCAUAUAUGGGGACAAUCUCGAUGGUGCCGAAUUAUCAUUUACGACUCACGCAGCUUCGUGUGCAUGGGAUCGAAAAGAUAAAGUUUAUAAAUUAGAAGUUGAUGAAGCUGAUCCGCAUGAACGUAUGAGCGAACGAGCGUUCAUUACUUUGAAUUUACCCUAUUACAAUUCAACGUUGUACAUGUGUAUAACACCGGUCGGUUCAAAUGAAGUAUUCCAUCAAGGAAAUCGACCAGCAUUAAAGAUUCGAGUUACCCGUCGUGCAUUGCCUGUUUGGGCAACAAUAGCCUGUUUAAUCUGCCUCUUAUCUUUAUCAGGCCUUUUCUCCGGCUUGAAUCUUGGUCUAAUGUCAUUAACACCUCACGAUCUGAUCGUCAUACAAGAAGCUGGUACUGCAAGUGAUCGUAAAUAUGCGAAAAAAAUCUAUCCCGUACGAAAACAUGGUAACUUUCUACUAUGUACAAUCCUUCUGGGCAACGUAUUGGUUAACUCAACGACAACUAUCCUGUUAGAUACAUUGAUUAGUGGUGGAUUUGCCGUUGCUGCCGCAACUUUAGCAAUUGUUAUAUUUGGUGAAAUCAUUCCUCAAGCUGUUUGUUCACGACAUGGUCUCAAAGUUGGAUCGCAAACAAUUCUUUUAACAAAAUUGUUCAUGCUUUUAACAUUACCAGUAUCAUUUCCAUUGAGUAAAUUACUCGACAUUGUGCUAGGUGAAGAAGUCGGUGCACGUUAUACGCGUGAUCAAAUGAGUGCAUUGUUGAAACAUACCAAAACAACAGAUAUCGAAGAUCGAGAGAAGAUCAUUAUGACUGGUGUGCUCAGUUUGAAAGCCAAAAAGAUUCGUGAUGUUAUGACGAAUCUAAUCGAUGUGUUUAUGCUUGAAGCUAAUCGAAUUGUUGAUGAUGAACUUGUUUUAAACGUGCAUGGUUAUGGUUAUUCAAGAAUACCGGUUUAUGAGGGACGCAGAGAUAACAUUAUCGGUUUAGUAAACAUACGUGAUUUUGCGUUACUUGAUACGGAAUCUGGAAAGUUUACUGUACGAAAUAUCAUGAACUUUUACAAACAUCGAUAUGGAACAGCUAUUACACCAGAUGAUUCAAGUUAUGACGUAUUUAACUUAUUCAAGAAAGAGCAAUACCAUUUGGGUGUCGUGGUUGAAUACGAUAAUAGCAGUGAAAAAGAUCCGAAAGCUAAAGCUGUUGGUAUUGUUACAUUAGAAGAUAUCAUUGAGGAGAUGAUUCAAGAAGAAAUUAUUGAUGAAACUGAUGUAUUUACUGAUAAUCGUCGUAAAGUACGAAAUAUGCUUUCUCAAGCACCUGAUUUCUCGGCAUUUCUUCGUGCUACAACAAUUGCUAUCACUAGUAAAAUCUCCGCACAAAUGAAAGUUGCUGUUUUUCAAUUUCUUUCCACCAGCGUGGAGCCAUUUACUGAUAAAUAUAUCUCUGCUCAUAUCUUAAGUCGUCUGUUAAAUGUUGAUCUUUAUAAAGAGUUCGAAUUCGAUGAAGAUGAUGUUAAAGCUGGUAAAACGACAUACAUUUAUGAAUAUGGGAAACCCGUAGACUUUUUCGUCUUAAUUGUUAAUGGUAAAGCCGAGUUGGAAACUGGCAAAGAGAAAAUUGUUAGCGAAGUUGGUUCAUUCUCUUAUUUUGGCGUUAGUGCACUCUAUUCUUCGGAAGAAAAAAUCGAAGAACUGACGCGAUUAAAAUCGAAUAAAUUUCGUCCGUACAUACCUGAUUUUAGUCUUCGAGUUAGCGAAGAUGUACAAAUUCUACGGGUGCGUCGCGUUCAUUGGUUAGCUGCUGUCCGCGCAACUUAUUUCGAAAAUAAACAAACAGCAAAUGGUGGAACACCAAUGCUCAAUUCCGACGGCGAACAGAUUGAUUUACUAACACAAGAACUAGAAAAGGUUGAUCAUGUGGAUCCUAUAACUUCUACGGGAAGUCUUAGCGGUGGUGUCGGUCCAGAUCAUAUCAAUGCAGUUGGAUCAGCACGUGAAAGAACAGCAUCAUUAGCACCGACGAUAGCAUCCGAUACGGGAUUGAUGAAUCCUGAGCAGGAAAGGCUCUUAUCCCAACAUUUAGCAAUGGUUAAUUUAACAAAUUCAACUAAAACAUCACUCGAUAGUCCGACUGCAUCCGGUCGAAACACUCCGGUCUUAUCUGAGAAGCAAAAACGUCAAAUAAUCCGUUCCGACGUACCUUCAACGCCACCACCACCAUCGUUAACAGGAAGUUCAUCAAAAAAUCGCUCAUUGACUUAA